AUGGACACCAAGGAGAAGAAGUUGUGGCUCGGCUGUUUGCUUUGCUGGUCGCUCCUGGUCGAGCUGGCGUCGGGAGCUUCCUUCUAUGGUGAUGGCUUUGUACAGCUCAAGGCAUCAGAGUCGUCCGACCAUAACACACUCCGCGUUCGCUUCCGAACCUCCAGCACCAGCGGACUGCUGUUUCUCGCCGCCGGCCAAACUGACUACUUCCUACUAGAACUCCAUGCUGGUUGCCUGCAGCUGAAAGUGGACUUUGGAUCUGGGGAGCAAGUGUUACAGUCAGACCGGGGCACCCAGCUCAACGACCUGGCCUGGCACUCUGUGGAGGUCCACCAUGUGAAGCGGAACAUCACUUUAACUGUAGACAAGAACUCUAACACAAGUGUAAAGAUGUCAGGCUCCCAUCACGAUCUUAACAUCUUGGAUGGUCUCUAUGUCGGUGGCUCAGGCAGCCUGGACAGACCUUACCUUCCGAGAGACCCAGCCAGCUUUCGAGGCUGCAUGGAUGACAUGGUCUUCAACAAACACGACUUGCUGUCAUCACUAAGGCCGUAUACUGGAUUCAAGAAUGUCCAUGAGGUGUCUUUAGGUUGUAGUCCUCAAUUCUUUGCCACUGAGGAGGACCCAAUCAGCUUCUUCAGCUCCAGGGCCUACAUUUCUCUUCCAUCCUGGAACGUCCAGCAGGAAGCGAUAUUCGAGUGUGUUGUGCACACUUCAGCCAAAGAGGGAAUAGUCCUGUACAAUUCUGCCAGAGAGGGGGACUUUUUGGCUGUGGAGAUUCAGGAAGGUUUGCCAGUGGCUAUUGUUGGUAAAGGUGGAACCAAAACAGAGCUCCGUUCACUUACAUUUAUCAAUGACAGGAAGUGGCACAAUGUCAAGGUGCACUUCAGUUCUAAAAGCCUCGAGCUAACUGUUGAUGGAGAGAUGGUGAAAAGCAGCAUUAGCUCUCGUUCAAAGGGGCUGCAGCUAAAAGGCUAUCUUUUUGUUGGAGGUAUUGAUGACAGCACCAGAUCAGAAGUCAGAAAGGUGGGGCUGCUGUCUGUGUCUGGAAAGCGUGUGCGUGGAGGCUCCUUUAAGGGAUGUUUGAAGAACAUUGAAGUCAACGGAGUGAAGACGGGUCUCUCCAAUGCUGUAGUCACCAAGGAUAUCUCAGUUGGUUGUGAGCCAGAGAAAGAACCAGAACCAUCAACCACCAUGAGUCCAACGAGUGCUCCAGGAUCCCUGUUUCUCUUAGUGACACCAACACCUUCACUACACAUGUCAACCCUUGCGAGGGGCUUGGACAGAAGGUAUGGCUUUAAUUUUGUGCAGCUCAAAAACCUUGUGGUCCAAGAGGGCGGUCGAGCAUCUCUUGAGGCCAAACAUAUCAAGGUACUCUUGGACUUCAAGAAGCUUGGCAUUAGACAGUCUCAGAUCAUGUUCCGAAUUCAGGAGCAACCAGUCCGUGGUCAGAUAAGGCUUGAUGUUGAUCAGGACCAACAGGAAAAUACCUUCAGCAUGUUGGACCUUUGGCAUGGACGAGUCAUGUACAUCCAUGGAGGGUCUGAAGAACCAGAUGACUUCUUUAUGUUUUCAAUUUAUUCCAGCAGCAGGAAACAAGUUCCUGAUUAUCUGAAAGACAAUAAAUUGUACCGCUACAAUAUCACUGUAACACCCACAAACGACGCACCUGAAUUGAGUCUCCCUGAAGGAAAUCUAUUUGUUCUGUUGGAAAAUUCAAAGAAAUGCCUCACCGCAGAGGGUCUAAAGGCUACAGACAUUGACAGCAACUACACAGAUCUUGUCUUCUCUGUGCUUGGGAACCUGAAUGCAGAUGCAGGAUAUUUGGAAAUUGAGAACAAUCCAGGCACUGCCGUCACCUCAUUCCAUUACCUCGACUUGGAGGAAAUGAGGGUGUACUAUGUUCACAAAGGGGUUAGAAACUCAAGGAUAGUGCUUAGAGUUAGCGAUGGGGAGAAGGUUAGCAACACUGUGGUUUUAAGGGUCAUGGCUGUAGCGCUUGAGUAUGAGAUUGCCAACAACACAGGCCUGGAGAUCAUUCAAGGAGAGACCGCUAUAAUUGGAACAAAGCAACUGUCUGUGCAAACCAAUGCUGUGAAACAAGUUGUAGACAUCCGUUAUGAUAUCAUUGAACCUCCGCAGUACGGAGAACUUCAGAGACUUCAUUCAAGUGGUGAAUGGAGAUCUACUGACUCAUUUUCCCAAAGGCUUCUAGAAAAAGAGCGCCUGAGGUAUGUUAGCACAUUUCAAGAAAUUCAGACAUCUAACGCCACAGAUUACUUUAAGUGCAAAGUCAAUGUAGCUUCAAGGGCAACCACUGAAAUACUCUUCCCAAUCACUGUGAAGUGGGUUAAGUACCACCUGGAGAGGAAUGUAAUGAUAGACAUGGAUAAAGUUAGAAAAGCGACACUAAACUCAGAUAAUCUUUUUGCUACAGCUGAAGGUGUGGUCCUCUCAGAGGAUGACCUUUAUUUUAGGGUUCUCACCACACCAAAGAAAGGAAAACUCCUGCUGGACACGUCAGUUUUGAAGAAGAACUCAACCUUUAGCCAAAGAAAUCUCACAGAUCUGAAAGUACAUUAUGAGCUAAUCGACAGGUCUUACGAAGACACAAGUGACAGGUUCAAAUUUCAGCUGGUUUCCAAACAUGCUCAGUCACAAAACUAUGAUUUCCAGUUUUUGAUUAAAGCUGAUGUUAACAGUGUGUUCAUGAGAAACGAUGGACUUGCUCUUCAGGAGGGAGAAAGUAAAUUAAUCACAAAAGAUGAGCUAUUUGCAGAGACGUUGAGCACAAAGGAAAUGUACUACACUGUCAUAAGCAGCCCCAAACAUGGAAAGCUAGCUCGCAUUAGUCAGUCAAAUUCUAAUGCUAGCUACAACAACAUCUUAACCUUCAGUAAUCAAGAUAUAAUAGAGGAACGGAUAAUGUACAUUCAUGAUGACAGUGAGACUACUCGGGAUGAGUUCACUUUCAUAGCCUCCACCAGCCAAGGGUUCAAAUCUUCCAUCACUGAGGAUGAAAUAGGCUCCAAAGAAGGAACUUUCAACAUAUCCAUUCAGCUUGUCAAUGACCAGAAACCAGUACGUGUCAUCGAUAAAGUUUUCCAGGUAGUAAGGGAUGGACAGAGGUUGCUCACCUCAGAGGAUUUGCGUUAUCAUGAUGCAGACUCUGAUUUUGAAGAUGGCCAGUUGAUUUACACCCGCCGAGGAAUCCCAAUGGGAGACUUGGUGAUGGUGAACGACACUACUCAUCGACUGUUCCAGUUUCGCCAAAAGGAUUUGGAAGAAAAGCGAGUGUUGUUCAUUCACAAAGGUGUAAGCACGGGCAGGUUUGUGCUCUUUGUCUCUGACGGGAAACAUUUUGUAUCAAGUCUUUUAGACAUCAGUGCACAUGACCCUUUCUUGAAGGUAGGCAACAACACUGGCUUACUGGUUCAGAAGGGACAAUCAGUGAACUUUUCUGCCAGUAAUUUUAGUGUCAUAUCAAAUCUGGACAUCAGAGAUGACCAUGAAGUAAUAUUCAAGCUGACUGAGGCUCCUAAGUAUGGAAGACUUAAUCACAAUGAAACAAAGUUGGAGGCAUUCACGCUGUCUGACCUCAAGAACGGGCUCAUAUCUUAUCAGCACAAUGACAGCAAACAUCUGGCAGACCAUUUCAACUUCACAGUGAAAACUAAAGGCCUUCAACUUGCUUUGAGGAUCAAUGUGAAAGUUUACCUGGAAAGUCAUCAGAGGCCACCCAUUGUGCAGCAUCACAACACCCUACUGGUGGAGGAGGGAAAACCAGUUAAGAUUGAUGAAACUAAAUUAGAGGUCACUCAUGAGGACAACCUGCCAUCUGAGAUUGUAUUCAAAGUCAAGGCAGCCCCCUCUCAUGGCUUUCUCCGGCGUUUUGUGGAGGCAGAGGAGCGCUACAUCGGAACCAAACAAUCACCUGUCAAGACAUUUACCCAAAAGGACAUUAAUAGCGGGAACAUUCAGUACAUGCAGGUGGAGCCCAACAAAGUCGACGACACCUUCAUCCUUGAUGCCACCAACGGGGUCACUGACGUCAGCGACAUUAGGGUGUCUGUUGACAUUAUCCCACGUCUCAUCCCUCUGCUGGUCUCCAAUUUCACACUGAACGAGGGCGCCUCCAAGGCACUGACCCAGGAAGUGCUAAAAGUCAACAACCGACACUUUUCUGGAAUGAACUUCCUGUAUAGUGUUACCGAGCCCCCGCAGCAUGGUCAUAUUGAGCACUCUCGACAUCCCGGUGUUCCUAUAACCUCUUUCACCAGGAGACAGGUGGAACAUGAAUUCAUUUACUACGUACAUGACAGCAGCGAAACCUUAGCUGACAACUUCACUUUGGUGGCCAAUGACACGGGCUUGAGGAAGCAGAGUGCCACACAGACGGUGUACAUCCAGGUUACAGCUGUCAAUGAUGAGCCUCCUGUUAUUACAGCCAACAGGGUCCUCAGGGUUUGGGUGUCCUCAGUGACUGAGAUCAGGCCGGAGGACCUGAGAGCGCAGGACAUGGACUCGCCCCCAGAGGAGCUCCAAUUCAUGGUGACCCCACCCAGUAACGGACACCUGGCCCUGAAGAGCGCCCCCAUGAAGGCAGUCCUUAACUUCACCCAGGCCCACAUAGACCAGGGGCAGCUGCUGUUUGUUCAUAAAGGUGCCAUGUCUGGAGGAUUCAACUUCCAAGUCAACGAUGGUGUGAACUUUACUCCCAGGCAGAUCUUCAGCAUCACUGCCAGAGCCUUGGUUAUCAGUUUAGAGAGAAACCGUCCACUCAAGGUGUUUCCAGGCUCUUCAACACCAAUCUCAAAUGAGGAUUUACAAGCAGUGACGAAUGACAUCAACGACACCUCCAACCGCACCAUUACAUUCAGUGUGAUUCGGCAUCCUAAACUGGGGCGUCUGGUGACAAGACAGCCCGAUAAUUCCACAAAGGACAUCUCCACUUUUACACAAGAUAUGGUGGACAGAAAAGAGGUUUUGUAUAUGCAAACCCCCAUCGAGUCAGUGGGCUGGGAAGCCAUGGACUCCAUGACUUUCUCUGUGGCUUCACCGCCGGCUUCUCUAGACAGUCAGACCUUUAAAGUAGACAUCUCCUAUGAGAACACCAGACCUGAACACAACACAGUCUUGCUUGCAAAUACAGGUGCUGAGGUCACAGAAGGGGAGAGUGUUGUCAUUGAUGAGUCCAAGCUGGAUGCCACUAACCUGAUGUCCAGGCUGCCGACGCCUCAGCGAAGCUCCCAUGAGGUCUGGUUCCAAGUGAUGUCUCUGCCUAAGCAUGGUGUCAUUGUGGUGGGUGAGAGAAACCUCACCAAAGAGAAACCCAACUUCUCACAGUUCAUCGUCAACAAAUACGGUAUCAUCUACAAGCACGACAACUCAGAGACAACUCAUGAUUUCUUUGCCUUCAGUGCAUGGAUAAAUCCAAAGGGCAAAACAGCAGAACGUCCUCUAGAUGAAAGUGAUGUCAUUGAGGAGCUUUUCAACAUCACAGUCAAACCUGUGAACGAUCAGCCACCUUUGCUGAAGACCAAAGCGCCGAGUUUGACUGUUGUACAAGGAGAUACAAUUGUCCUUAGACCGGAGAACCUAAAAGUUGAAGACAUAGACAAUCCUCCUGAUGAAAUUAAGUUCUCUGUGAUUAGUAAGCCAAACAAUGGCUACCUCGCUCUUCAAGGGAGAUUGAAUGAGUCAAUUGUGGCCUUCAACCAAGCACAAAUCAAUAAUGGAAGUGUUUAUUUUAUCCACGAUGGAAGCCCUUCCUCAGGGGUGUUUUACUUCAGUGUCACUGAUGGCCAUCAUAAACCGAUUUAUAAACUCUUCAACCUGGAAGUGACAGAGAUCACCAUCUCACUGGCCAAUUACACUGGACUGACACUAGAGCAAGGCAAGACUUCAGUAUCACUGACUAGAGACAAUCUUGCUGCCAAGACUAAUGGGAAAAACAUCACAAUUCACUUCCACAUUACCAAGCCUCCACAUUUUGGCAAACUUCUAAUGGACAACCAAGAGGUUACACAGUUUGAACAGGAAGAUGUACAGACUGGAAGGCUGUCCUACCACAUGACUUCCCUUUCCUCUGCAGAAGACAGCUUUGAAUUUACUGCAUUCACUUCAGAGGCAAACCUGACCAAAAUGUUUAACAUCACUGUCAGACCUUUGAUCCAAGUUGGCAAAGGUCUGAAGAUACCCAAUGAGAUUGCUGUCAAACUAAACACCGGUUUCCUUAAUGCUACUAAAUUGGCUAAUAUUAGCGGUAGUGAUCCUGUAUUUGAAAUUAUCUCCCAUCCAAAGUACGGCAAGGUGAUUCAGACAAAGCCUAAAAUGUCCAAGAAAGCUGUGCCCGCUGAGUCCUUCACUUUUGAGGAUGUGAUUCAAGAGAAGGUAGCUCUGGAGCUGAAUGCCAACAUGACUGGAGUUCAAGAGCUAAAUGACUCAUUUGUCUUUGUACUGAAAGCUGAUAACAUGCAGCCUGCUAAAGGGGAGUUCCACUUUACCAUUGUGCCAUAUGAUUCGGCACUUUUUCCAACCACAAAGGCUCCUGUCCCAACCACAUCAUCUGCCCCUCAGACACCAAUCCAGACGUCCAGAAAUGGAACAGCUUCACCAGUCCUGUCCACAGCUUUGCUUUCCACCGAACAACCAAGCAAAAACCAAAAGAAGUUCAACAGACGUAACCGCUGGGGAAACUCCAACAGAACCAGCAUCUUCAGUACGACUCUUGGCAAGCCAACACGUGGAGCAGAGGAUUUUCAUUUCAGGAACACACCAGUUCGUGUUGAGUCAUACCCUCAAAAAAGCUCCAGCCCACUCCUGGUAAUCUUACCACUCCUGGCCCUGCUGCUGCUUGUAAUCAUCUUUGUAGUCCUGGUUGUCUUUCUUAGACACCACAGGCAAAGGAAGCAGAGCACCACCACACCAAAGGACCCACCUCCUGGUUUUCCAAGCAAUCAGUCCUUCCAAGGGGAAAGCCAUAUGAGUACAACAGGUCCUACAGUAACUGUCACUCCGUUAAACCCCAACUGCCCAGGUAGCCCUUUUCUUGAUCGGUUAUUGGCACCAAAUCAGGGCUCGCCUUACAGCACCAUUGAUUCAAACAUGCUUGUAAGUACCUGGAGUAAUGGCUCUCCUGCUGCAUCUUCGCAAAUUAUCAGAACCGCCACUCCCACUCUCCAGAAGAAUCAGUAUUGGGUUUGA